UGUGUAUCUUCUUCCCAACACUGAACACUGAACACUGAACACUGAACACAGGCUGCAUUGCGAUGACAGACUACAACACUCCAUUCCCCACGGCCCCGCCACCACAACAUGCACAACAUGUCAACCCUCCAUCUUAUUCUGAAAACCCUCAAUCAUACGGGUCCACUAACUAUGCCCCAGGCUACCAAGGAGGUGCUGGCUAUCAGCAGCAGCAACCUUACAACACAGCCUAUCCCCCCAGCACAUACCAGCCUGCCCCACUCGUGUACAACACCACCAACACUACUACUGUGGUCAACACACAACCAAACCUCCCUACUUAUCGUGCACCCAAACCCUCCUCCUAUAUAUGGCUGUCUGUCAUCACCAUGCUCUGUUGUUGCUUUGUGCUAGGACUGAUUGCUCUCAUUAUUGGUCUGGAGGUGGACAAUGCUUACAACUGUGGCAAUGAUGCUAGAGCCAGGGAGAAGUCCAAGAAAGCUCUGGGAUUCUCGAUAUCAGCCAUUGCAUUUGGUGUUGUCAUUCACCUCUCAUGGAUUGGAACUGUUAUCUAUAUAUAUGCAGUUCUCUUCAACGUCAAUAGAAACACUUACCCUCCUUACUGAACAGAACUGAUCAUGUGUGUGUACAUGCGUGUUUGUGGACUUUGCAUAAUGGAUAUUUGUUUUGUAAAAAAAACCCUUUGUAAUUGUGA